CGAGGGUAGGUCUCGAUGGGUCUCGGCCAGAGCCGCGCGCCAGCGCCUCCGGUCGCGGCGGAACUGUCGCGGCAAGCAGCGGCGCAGACCGCUGCGCCGCCCGGCCAUGUCGCCCUGGCGUCGCUGUCGAUUCAUGACAUGGCCGCCGCCGCCGCCGCGGCCAGCCGCACCUCCCAUGAGUUCCAGGCAGAGGUGCGGCGCCGCAUCUGCGGACGAGACGGUAGCGAGAACCCUCAAGAAGAAUCGAUCUGGGGCAUGUUCCGCCAUCGCGCGCCCACCGUGACGCGCGCGCUCACGCUUCUCGAGCUCGCUGAUACGUCGCGCGACAAUCCGGCCCGCCUCUUCAGGAACAUGCCGCGCCGGGAGAUGAGCGAGUCGUUCUGCACGUCCGCCGCCGCCUCGGUGACGCUCGGCGAGCUCGAGGCGGACGCGCACCCGACGCGGGGCCUCGCCGUUCUUCUCUCCGCGUGCGAGACCGAGGAGGAAAAGGCGCACGUGCGCACGACGGUGCUCUACGCCCUCUGGCUGAUCCACAACGCCGAAUAUGGCGCGCUCUCUCAAGCCCUCUGCGCCGCGUGCCAGCGUUUGACGCGUGAGUACAUGGCAGAGGGGGACCGCCGAAUGGCCGAGCUCCUACGCAACGCGGCCGAGGAGAAGAAGAAGAAGAAGAAGCCUGCCGCGAAGAAGAAGCCCGCGAAGAAGCCGACGGAGCUCCGCGACCUCAAGUCCUUGUUCGACGACGGCAUCCUGGACGAGGACGAGUACGAGGAGAAGCUCGCCGAGAUCAACGCGGCGGCGGCGCCGGCGCCGCCGCCCAAGAAGAAGAAGCAGGCGCCCCCCAAGAAGAAGGCCAAGGCCAAGGCCGAGAAGGAGGGCUACGAGGGCCUGUCCGUCGCGAGGCUCAAGGCCGCGCUCAAGGAGCGGGGCCUGUCGCAGACCGGCGAGAAGGGCACGCUCAUCUGGCGGCUCAAGCUCCAGGACCGAGGCGGCGCCGCGACGCUCGCCGACGGCCGGUCGCCCUUCGCGCUCAAGGUCGGCGAGCUCAAGAAGCAGGCCGCGAAGGUCGGCGUCAGCCCCAUGGGCACGAACGACGAGAUGCUCGAGGGUUUAGUGGACGCGCUGCUCAAAGCGAACCCCGGCGCGUCCGCGGCGGCGGCGCCCGCGGACGCCGCCGGCGGCGGCGGGGGCGACGGCGCGGACGCGCGGGAGGUGGCGACGCGGGUGCUCGAGCUCGCGGAGAGCGACGACUGGGAGUCCAUCCUCUCGCUCGGCGCGCCGGGUUCGAAGCUCGGCGCGCUGUCGCCGCUGAACGACCUCAAGAAGGCCUACCGCAAGCUGUCGCGCGUCAUCCACCCGGACAAGCUCCGGGGCUUCGACGGCGCGACGCGCGCGUUCCAGGCCCUGGUGACGGCCCUGGACCGGCUCACGAAUCCGGAGCCGACGGCGGCCGUCGACGAGGGCGGCAAGAAGCAGAAGGCGACGCGCAUCGAGCGGAGCAACGACGGCUGCGUGCGGACGGCCGUGUCCUGCCCGCGCUGCGGCGAGGCCUGGGGCGCGUCGAAGAACGAGGGUCUACCGGACUACGCGUACAACCUGCUCAUGACGGGGCUGCGAUCCUACACGUGCUCGACGUGCCUGUGUACCUUCGGCUGCGUGUCCGCGAAGCACGCGUGCAAGUCCUGCGGCGCCGACUUCGACUACAGCCCCGCGGACUGGCACCGGAAGAUCGCCUGCGGCGACUGCGGCAAGACCUUCGGCUUCUUCUCGUUCCACGUCUCCGACCGGGCCAUGAACGACGCGAUCCGCGACGCGCGCGCGGAGCACGAGCGCAACGCGAAGCAGCGCGCGGCGAAGCAGCGCCGCGCCGCGCGCCGCGACGCCAAGGGCGGCGGGGGGCUCGACAAGGAGCGGUCCUUCCUGCUGGGCCUGCUCGACGAGUGCCCGCGCUGCGGCGAGUUCUUCGGCGAGGGCACGUCCAAACAGGACAAGCGCGACCACCUCGCGUGCUGCGCGGACAAGGCGGCCAUCGCGCGGAAGCGGCGCCGCGACGCCGACGACGACGCCGCGGCCGCGAAGCGCGACGACGCGGACGCGGCCGCCGAGGCCGCGCAGGCCAAGGCCGUCUGGGAGGCCGCGGGCAAGCAGGUGUCGCAGCUCUGGAUGCUGCCCGACGCCGCGCUCGCGGACAUGUGCGGCGGCGUCGCCGAGGGCCUCUCGCGCGCGGACCUCAUCGCGCGCGCCGCGGCGACCUGCGACGGCGUGCUCCUGCUCACGGACGGCGACGGCGGCGGCGCGCGCGGCGCGAAGCGCCGCAGGCUCACCGCGGAGAGCCUGCCCUCGAACUACGCGAGCCUCUCGCUCGACGAGCUCCGCUGCCUCUGCGCGGCGCACGGCUUCGCGCCCAAGAGCGACACGAAGGACGGCGUCCUCCACGAGAUCGAGAGCGAGCUCCACGACGACAAGGACGCGCCCCUCCUCCUCACCGCGGCGACGGCCGCGCGCCGCGGCGGCGACGACGACGACGGCGACGACGACUUCGAGCCCGUCGACCUCACGGGGGAGGACGACGAGUGAGC